ACGCACGCUUGCGAAAACAAACCCCUGAAUGAAAUCAGCAAUGGUAUCAGCAAGUACCCUCUCUUCAAGCUUCAUUGCAGCACCCCAAUCCUUCUCCCUUUCCAGAACUUCACGCCGCUUCGCAUUUCCUCCGCGUAUGAUCACCACUAAAAUGGAAGCAUUCCAAGCCCAAGCCCAAGCCCAAGCCCAAGCCCAAACCCAGCCCAAGGAGGCCAAACUCUGGGGUGGGAGGUUUGAGGAGGGGGUGACCGACGCCGUGGAGAGGUUCACGGAGUCGAUCUCCUUCGACAAGGAGCUCUACAAGCAUGACAUAAUGGGAAGCAGAGCGCACGCUUCAAUGCUCGCUCAUCAGGGUUUGAUAACCGUCGCUGAUAAAGAUUCUAUUCUCCAAGGUUUGGAUGAAAUAGAGAAGCGCAUUGAGAAUGGCGAAUUUAAUUGGAGAACUGAUAGAGAAGAUGUGCACAUGAACAUUGAAGCUGCGCUUAUCGACUUGAUCGGUGAACCUGCCAAGAAGCUUCACACCGCUCGGAGUCGAAACGAUCAAGUUUUAACUGAUUUUCGCCUUUGGUGUCGCGAUGCGAUUGAUAAGAUUCUCGUACGCAUGAAGCACCUUCAGGUCUCGCUCGUCACUUUGGCUCUCAACAACGACGGUCUCAUUGUUCCUGGUUAUACUCACUUGCAGCGCGCACAACCGGUUUUGCUUCAGCAUCUUCUGUUGGCUUAUGUUGAAGAGAUUGAGCGCGAUGCUGGGCGUUUGAUAGAUUGUAGAGCUAGGAUGAAUUUCUGCCCCUUGGGGGCUUGUGCCUUGGCUGGUACAGGGCUCCCCAUUGAUCGAUUCAUGACUUCAGAAGCUUUAGGAUUUACGGCUCCCUUGAGGAAUAGUAUAGAUGCAGUUUCGGACCGAGAUUUUGUACUGGAGUUUCUUUCUGCUAAUGCCAUCACAGCAGUGCAUCUUUCUCGGCUUGGUGAAGAAUGGGUAUUGUGGGCUUCGGAGGAAUUUGGAUUUAUCACGCCAAGUGAUUCCGUUUCGACUGGAAGUAGUAUAAUGCCUCAGAAGAAGAAUCCAGAUCCGAUGGAACUUGUUCGUGGGAAGUCUGCCAGAGUCAUAGGAGACCUGGUUACCCUCCUCACAUUGUGCAAAGGACUUCCCCAUGCUUACAACCGUGAUUUGCAGGAAGAUAAAGAGCCAGUAUUUGACAGCGUUAGGACAAUUUUGGGGAUGCUUGAGGUAUCAGCAGAAUUUGCACUAAAAAUUACUUUUAAUCGGGAAAGAAUACAAAAGGCAUUACCUGCCGGUCAUCUUGAUGCAACUACACUCGCUGAUUAUCUUGUGAAGAAGGGUGUGCCAUUUAGAACAUCUCAUGAUAUUGCUGGAAAAUCGGUUGCAUUAUGUACAUCGAAGAACUGCCAACUGCUGGACUUGAGUCUUGGUGAGCUGAGAAAUAUAUAUCCAGCCUUUGAGAACGAUGUGUAUGAAUUUCUUGGAGUAGAAAAUGCGAUCCAGAAAUUCAGCUCUUAUGGUUCUACUGGAUCAGCAUGUGUUGCCAGCCAACUCAAUUAUUGGAAGAAAAACCUUGACAUGAAGUGAAGAUUACUGGAUAGGUUUUUUCAAUUGUCAUGAAAUUAUUGUCUUGAUGUCUUUAAAUAUGUGAAAUCUGUAGGAGCGUUAGUUGUUAGCAAUCAGGGUUACUGGAUAGGUUGUUUCAGAAUGAAAUAUGCCUUGCCUUGAAGUUAUGAGGUUCAUGCAUUUUACCUUACCUGUUGACAGUAAUUUCAGCAUGCUGUAUGAAUUUUUGGUAGCUUUUAAUAUAAAGUCAGAAAGAGUUCUGAUGCGUUGAUU